AUGCUUUCCAGAGCGACACGUACUGCAGCUGCCAAGUCUUUAGUGAAAUCUAGAGUGGCUAGAAGUGUCAUGGCUGCAUCCUUUAUCAAGAGACAUGCCUCUACAAGUUUAUUUAAACAAGCCAAUAGAGCCGAAUCUUUGGGUUCGAUAUAUUUAUCUGGUAAGAAAACUAAGUUUGUCGCAAAUCCGUUCCCCAUAACUGGCAAUCGUUUCAAAUCUACCUCUAUUGAAGUUCCCCCCAUGGCAGAGUCCCUAACUGAGGGUUCUUUAAAGGAAUAUACUAAAAAUGUAGGUGAUUUUAUCAAGGAGGAUGAGUUGUUGGCAACUAUUGAGACCGAUAAAAUUGAUAUUGAAGUCAAUUCGCCAGUAUCGGGUACGAUUACGAAGCUAAAUUUCAAACCAGAAGACACCGUCACUGUUGGUGAGGAAUUGGCUCAGGUUGAGCCUGGUGAAACUCCUGCCGAAGGUUCUCCUGAGUCUAAGCCAAAGCCUACGGAACAAGUGGAACCAUUACAAGAUGUUGCUCCAGAAAAAGCUUCGAAGCAGGAAACAGUUUUAAAGGAAGAAGCUACUCCAAAGAAGGAAGCUGCUCAACCAAAAAAAGCCGAUGAACCAAAGAAGACCGCUCCUAGGGCGAAGGAAACUCCUGUAGCUUCCGACUCCUUUACACCAUUCCCACGUACAGAAACUAGAGUCAAAAUGAAUCGUAUGAGAUUGAGAAUUGCCGAAAGAUUAAAGGAGUCUCAAAAUACUGCUGCUUCUCUAACCACAUUCAACGAAGUUGACAUGUCAGCUUUAAUGGAAAUGAGGAAAUUAUAUAAAGAUGAAAUUAUUAAGAAGACCGGUACUAAAUUCGGAUUCAUGGGUCUUUUCUCCAAAGCAUGUACCCUAGCUGCCAAGGAUAUCCCAGCCGUCAAUGGUGCGAUUGAAGGUGACCAGAUUGUUUAUCGCGAUUACACAGAUAUUUCUGUUGCUGUGGCCACUCCAAAGGGAUUGGUUACCCCCGUCGUUCGUAAUGCAGAGUCAUUAAGCGUUUUGGAUAUUGAGAACGAAAUUGUUCGCUUGAGUCAUAAAGCUCGUGAUGGUAAAUUAACUCUGGAGGAUAUGACGGGCGGCACUUUCACCAUAUCUAAUGGUGGUGUUUUCGGUUCUUUGUAUGGUACUCCUAUCAUCAAUUCACCACAAACUGCCGUUUUAGGCUUGCAUGGUGUCAAGGAGAGACCCGUCACGGUUAAUGGACAAAUUGUUUCAAGACCAAUGAUGUACCUAGCUUUAACUUAUGAUCAUAGAUUGCUAGACGGUAGAGAAGCUGUUACUUUCUUGAAGACUGUUAAAGAGUUGAUUGAAGAUCCUAGAAAGAUGUUGUUAUGGUGA